UAUAAUCUCAUAUCUCUUUCACAUAAUCUAGUUAAAUAUUGAGCCAGAUUUUGUGAUCAUAACCGAUAAAACAUUGUGCUGUUCUGAAUCUCUUACCUUUAAACUGAGCCAGUCUUCUGUUAUGGGAUCUGGAUGGCUGCUCCGCUCAAUCAUCUGUCUAAACGGAACAAAGAAGAACAAAUCAAAUCGAGGCAACGUACAUUCUGAAACAUCAAACCGUGUCAAACCGGUUGAAUCAAGCUCUGCUGCUUCUACUAAGCUUACCGUAGAAGUCGCUGUUAUUCGCAUUCAAAAGGCUUUUCGAGCAUUCAAGGCGAGAAAAAGACUAUGCAGCUUGAAGAGUGCGAGGAGAUUUAACUCGCUGAUCCAAGGCCAUACAGUGAUGAACCAAACCUCGACUGCACUCAAUGUGAUUCAUUCUUGGUACGAUAUACAGAAUCAGAUCAGAGCACGACGUUUGUAUAUGGUGACACAAGGUAGACUCCAACACAAAAGAUUGGAGAAUCGUUUGAAGCUGGAGAUCAAACUUCACGAGCUAGAAGUUGAAUGGUGUGGAGGCUCUGAAACAAUGGAGGAGAUUCUCGCAAAGAUACAACAGAAAGAAGAAGCUACGGUUAAGCGUGAAAGAGCAAUGGCUUAUGCUUUCUCUCAUCAGUGGAGGGCUAAUGCUACACAGUAUCUAGGUCAAGCUUCGUUUAACCUUGGCAAAGAAAGCUGGGGAUGGAGUUGGAAAGAACGGUGGAUUGCGGCUCGACCUUGGGAGAUUAGGGCUCAAUGCUACGUCGUUAAACCGAUCAAACCAUCUAAGAAACCGGAGAAAUCAUCACCCAAUAAUGUGAUCACAAAAACCUCUGCUAAACCGGAUGAAGUUGGUAACUCGAAAAAGCCUGGUUCCGGAUAA